AAAGGGGGAGGGCGGCUCAGCUCAGACUAUAGAAAUUGGUCGACAAGUUAUGCUCAGAUUUAACUCGGAAAAGCGGGCGCGUGGAAACAAAGCAGCACGUCAUACUGGCCAGAGUCGGUAAUAGUUGAGCUUAGAGAGAGGCGGGUAAGGAGGUAGCACCACGGGGAAGUAAGAGGAGGAGGAGGAUGUUUCAGGGCAGAGGUCCUGUCUGCAGCUUUCUGUGCUACUUGACAAAGAACGGAAUCAACGCGACUAUCUUUUAGUUCUUCGUGCGUUUUUGUCCGGUUUGAGUGGCCGGCUGAACCCCCAGCAGACUGGCAUGUGGGUCAACUCCGGAACCGUCGGAAGGGCCCUCUCCAUGGAUAUAGACACAGACUAUGAGCGGCCCAAUGUGGAAACUAUUAAAUGCGUGGUGGUGGGGGACAAUGCAGUAGGCAAGACCAGGCUAAUCUGUGCCCGGGCCUGCAAUGCCACACUCACACAGUAUCAGCUGCUUGCCACCCACGUGCCAACCGUCUGGGCCAUCGACCAGUACCGAGUAUGCCAGGAGGUGCUGGAGAGAUCUCGGGAUGUGGUGGAUGAGGUCAGUGUGUCCCUGAGGCUUUGGGACACAUUUGGGGAUCAUCACAAAGACAGGCGAUUUGCCUACGGCAGGUCUGAUGUAGUGGUACUCUGCUUCUCUCUGGCUAAUCCCAACUCCCUGCGCCAUGUUCGCACCAUGUGGUUUCCGGAGAUCAAGCACUUUUGUCCCCGAACACCCAUCAUCCUGGUCGGCUGCCAGCUGGAUCUGCGAUACGCUGACCUGGAUGCAGUUAACCGUGCGAGACGGCCGUUAGCAAAGCCCAUCAAACCAACAGACAUCCUCCCUCCAGAGAGAGGCCACGAGGUGGCAAAAGAACUUGGGAUACCAUACUAUGAGACAAGCAUUGUCGCCCAGUUCGGAGUCAAAGAUGUGUUUGACAACGCCAUCCGUGCAGCCCUCAUUUCCCGUCGACACCUGCAGUUCUGGAAGUCCCACCUGAAAAAGGUCCAGAGACCCCUUCUCCAGGCACCUUUCCUACCUCCCAGACCACCACGCCCCAUAGUGGGCAUCCCCGACCCACCGGCCACAGACGGCGAAGGCCCCGACUCCCUUUUCUGUCAUCCUCUUUGCGCAGAUGUUCUUUUCCUUUUGCAGGGUGGCUCCACUCGUGUCUUUGCGCACAAAGUUUACCUGGCUACGUCCUGCUCCAAGUUCUAUGACCUUUUCACUCUUGAUCUUGGUGGGUCGAGUUUUGGGGCAAUGGGAGAGGAACAGGACAGCAAGGAAAACACAGAGAGUGGGGAGGAAGAUGAGCAGAGCAGGAGAGGAGCCAAAGAGCAAGCUGGGCGCACUAAGAGCCUGGACAUUGAUAAAGAUGGAAUAGAUGGAGGAGUGCGGGGCCUGAACCAACCUCAGCUGCUCCAGCAGGGGUCUUUGAGGACUUCCCAGAGUGAUAAUGCACUCCCCUCUCGAGCACAGUACUCAGUGGGAGCAAUGGGGACAGGUCGAGCCCUUUCUGGAUGGGGAAGGGGGUUUCUCAGCGUGUGUCUGGAGCAUGUUGAUGAUCCCAUGACUGGACGACCUCGUCUGAUGACUGUGGUUGCCAUGGAUGCACUCAUUCAGGAGGAACCAUUUAAGGCAGUGCUUCAGUACCUCUACACAGGCAGCCUGGACGAGAGUCGAGGCGAUCUGAUGCAGGUGGCCACCAUUGCGGAGCUGCUUGAGGUGUUCGACCUUCGGAUGAUGGUGGCCAACGUUUUGAACAGAGAAAGUUUCAUGAACCAGGAGAUCACAAAGGCCUUCCACGUCCGCAGAGCCAAUCGAAUCAAAGAGUGCCUCAAUAAAGGGACUUUUGCUGAUGUUGUGUUCCGGCUGGAUGACGGCUGCCUUCCGGCCCACAAGCCCCUGCUCAUAUCCAGCUGUGACUGGAUGGCUGCCAUGUUCCGUGGCUCCUUCAUGGAAAGCUACAUCGAGGAGGUAUCGAUUCCUAACACCAGUACAGCAUGUAUGCAUGGAGUGCUUGAGUUCCUGUACUGUGGUCUCCUGACACCGUGUCCUGGAUUGGAGCCCAUGGAACUAAUAGUUCUGGCCAACCGUCUGUGUUUGCCACGACUCGUUGCCCUCACUGAGCAGCAUGCUGUGGAUGAGCUACUGCAACUGGCAGUGAAUGGAGUGGACAUUGAUGGACAAGUGCUAGCUUACCUUGAAGUUUCACAGUUCCACAAUGCCAAACAGCUUUCUACUUGGUGUCUUCAUCACAUCUGCACCAAUUAUAAUAGCAUCUGCCGCAAGUUUCCCAAAGACAUGAAAGCAAUGUCUCCAGAAAACCAGAGGCACUUUGAGAAGCAGCGUUGGCCUCCUGUAUGGUUCUUGAAGGAGGAAGACCGCUACCUGCGUUCUCAAAAGGAGCGUGAACGCGAGGAAGAGAUCCUGCGCAAGCAGCACACCAAACGGGGCUGGUGUUUCUGGAGACACCCGUCUUCCUCUCCACACGUCUCCUAAGGGGUUUUCCACUCCUAGCUCUUGGAUCUUCCCCUCAGCGGAUGCUAACCCCUGGAUUAGCAAAUAGAGAGGAGAAUGGUUGUGAUCCCUCUAUCUGUGGAGAAAUAACUCUCCGUGCUAAUAUUCCUGAAUGUCUGCAUGCUCGGGAGGAGUGUAUGUGCCUCUUGGUGGGAGUGGGUCGCCACACAACUGUGUUUUGGUGGUGGGACAGAUUGGGACUCAACAGAAAGGGUAUUUGCAUGAAUGUGCGAGUGUAUGAAUGGAAUAUAGUGAUGCUUCCAAGUUGAGACGCAGUGAUCUCUCAAAGGACAAUGGCGGUGCAGAGUAACCCUUCCUCCUGUACGUAAAUGCUUUUUCUCCCUCUACCAGCACCCAAUUGCCUUGGAGUGUUGGAACUGGAAGCAAGGGCUCUCUUUUCUCUCUGGUUUCUCAGUCUUCAACCUUCACAUCGACCUUAAUAACUUUUAAACAUUUGACACUGCAGCUCCCUUUGGUGGGUGGGGGAGUCUAUGUCUGCCUUCACCUCUUAUAUAGACUGUUUGCUAGCACACGCAGAUGCAUCUCCACAUUUCACCCUUGUGAAACCAGCAGUAGAUGCAGGAACUAACACUAACAAUUAGCUCAUUGUUAUUACUUAUCUUUUAAUCACUUUAUGUGCAUUUUGGGGCCAUUUGGGAUGCUAUUAAUAUAUUAGAAGGGUAAAAGAGCAAAGACCUCAGAGAAAGUAAAAAAAAUCACCACUGCAACCACAGAUACAAUCGUUCUAUUGUAUUCUCAACUACAUAGGUAGUAUAGACAUAAAUUAUGUACCAGUUAGUCCUCAUAUCUCUUUUGUCAUGUAAUCACUUAUUUUCAACACUUAUUUUCAAAAUGUUCAUGGAGACUGACAUGGAGCCACUCUAUAGCACUGAUGUAUUAUUAUUAUUAUUAUUUUUUAAAGGGCUAGCCUUACGUAAUACCUCUGUCGUGAAGCGGAAAUUUAAUACAGCAUUAAAUGUCCUCGGCCACUAAGGUGCAUUGAACCAUUGGAGCAAGCCUUUACACCCGCACACCACCAGGGGUCGCACUGCUCAGGGUCCUAUCACUUCCGUAGUAGGUGUUUUAUUGUAUUUAUCAAAUAUAUUAAUUUCUCCUUGCAGAGUGUUACAGAAGCACAUACACCAGUUCUCUAGUGGAUUUAAAAUAUUGGAUACUUAAGAGGGUUUUCAGCUGAUUCUGAAUACCAAAGGUGUAGUUUUUCCUUCUCCCUUUAUUUUUGUUUAUUUACAUUUUCUAACUUGGGAGGGGCGAUAGUAGAAACUAGAACAAGUUUUAGAAGCAGAAGGCAGUAUUAGAUGCUUUUUACAAGUAGAGCCGGCCCAAGGGGUAAGCAAACAAACCCGCUUAAAACUUCUUAUUUAUGAUGACUUUUGAAAUUGGCAGGUCAGACCUCAAAAAAAAAAAAAAAAAGUUGAAAUCUCCAUUACCCAGGAAAAGCUUGAUACGAGCAACUCUAGUUAUGUUAGCAGUCCUAAUUUAACUUCAGUAUUCUUUACUUAUUUACAUUUAACAUUGCAAAUAAAUCUGGAUAAUUAACUGCCAUUAUUCAGCUACCACUUGUGAGAACAAGCUUUAAAGGGUCAUGCAGAAACACCCACCCUACCCAAAGGGCUGGCUCUGGUUGUAAGAACUAAAGAUGGCGCAUUUAAAACAUUGCCUUCCAUUCUCUGCUAGAAUUAAACAUUGGUGCUGAAAACAGUGUCCACAUGAACACAGAGACACACAUAGUUUAGAGGACUGUCUGAUGGUUUAUUUAUUUGUGCAGAACUUACAGAAACUUUAGAAUAGUUUUUAAAUUUUGUAAACUUUAUGUUUUUUUUUCUAUUCACAGAGUCUGUAAAAAGCUGAGGUUGAGGUUUGCUCUAAAUUCUGGGAUGUCUUUUGCUGCUUUUAUAUUCUAAACCAAUGUGACGUAUUCCUUCUUUCUGGCAAUUCUUUAGAUUCAUUUUUUUGUUGUUGUUUCACCAGUUUAAGCAAAUAGGGUUUUCUCAUUUAGGGUGCUAAUUUCUUGGGGCUUUCAUUUGAAUGUGGAAAGAAAAAAAAAAGUUGCAGCUGUGAGUUUUUAUUAGCACGUUUUCUAUUUGUGGGUUUGCGCCCCACAGCUUUACCCAAGCAAACUCUCUGAGACGGAUAGAUUGUGUGAGGCAUGUGGUACGUUAUGCUGUUGUUUCACAGGAGGUGUGCAAAGCAAUUUUCAACUACCAGAAUAGAAGUCGUAUAGGUUCUCACUUGGCCCGAGUGAGAAUUGAGCUGAUUUAGUGUGAGAACGAGAAAACUGAGUAAAAGUGAGCAAGCGUCAGUCGCUUUCCACAUGCUGUGGAAUGAGUCCAUCAAUAUUUGAAGUUACACAACUGCAGUGCUGUAGGAAAUUCAAGAAGAAGAAUUUUGUUGCCUACAGAAUCGCUAAACGGAUCUUGUGUCCUUGUGCCUUAUGAUUCAAUCUGCAGACUGGUUCUGCAGUAACCGGCAUGGUAGUAGUAGGAUUCAGUGAUAAUGUCAGAACUGUAAAAUGUUUUUCGGUGUUUUUAUGGGCUCUCUGCUACAACCUUUUUGAAAUUUGAGGGAGAGAAUUUUUAAAUCUGUGAGUAUGAUAUUUUUGCAGAUAAAGGAUCUUUUUGUUUCUUCAAACAGCGAUUUGAGAUAAGGUUGUUGUAAUGAAAUGGCUUACCACUAGAUAUACAGCGCCCUCCACAAUUAUUGGCACCCCUGGUAAAGAUCUGUUCAAGAUCCUUGUACAGACCUUCAGAAAAACUUAGAAAGUAGGAUUUAUGAAAAAAAAGAGAUUGGUUUCAAAUUUCUUAGAUAUAUAAUUAUUCACACUGUGGUAUUUUAUUGUCCUUAUUAAUUCAGUUUACUUAUAUUCACUAUUUUGUAGUGAGAGAUUAUGUUAUAUCAAUUAAUAAAAAGGCUUUUUGAUGCAGAGGUACCAAAACUUGAGUAGGAUGCUGUUCCAUUACAGUUAUGUUUCUUUACAAACCAAGUGAUUAAAAGAUAGCCAGUAAACAUGGAUGCUUGACUCCUGCAGUAUAACUUCUAAACCACUGACUGUGAGAAAUCAAAGCUUUGUAAAAUGCACUGGCGGGCCUGUGCACUGGGUUGGUGCAACAUGCUGUGGAGUGCAAUGGACUUGCAUGAUGUCCAGACUUUGUUGGUGUGACUUUAAAAUGCAAUUUGUGUUCUAUGGGUUUCUGUAGUUAGCAUGAAUUUCUCUCUUAAAUAAGAUAGUUCCUAAACCAUCUUAUUUGACUGUAGCAUGACAUUUCCACUUAAGUUAUUAACAUUUUAUUUAAAGGUUACGCUCCGUGAAGCUGAAUAACAGGCCGCAUUUAGUGUCUUGAAGGUCUUUUUGGCACUGAACCCUAUGAAGGUUCUCGUCUUUGUAAGUGACUUUAUUCACAUGUCUUUGACAACUCAAUGUAGCAUUAGAGCAUUUAGCAUUUGCAUUUUUAGGGUAUAAUGUGAGGAGAUCAAAAGACAUGAGCUUGAAAUCUAAUUUAGAAGAUCUGUUUGAUGCCGCAGAUGUCCCCUUGUAUGCUGUUACUAUUAAUGCAAUGAAAUAAGGUUAAUCUUGUGAUUUUAAAAAUAUUUGAUGGUUUGGGUAUUAAAGUGAAUAAGUAUACACAAAGCAUUUCAUGUUUCUAAACAGCCUGCAUGCAUAGGUGAAGGAAAUGUGCAAAGUAAAAGUUUCCUAGGUGACAGAUAUGUAGACGUUUGAUUUUCUGGAACUUUUGUUAUUGGGGCUUUAAUUACAGUUACUUAAUACCUUGAUGAAGAUGUGGGAGGUUUUAUUAUAUACAAAAAAAAAAAAAAA